GGACGGAAGCGUUAGGAUUUAUUGCUCAGGGGAAUGUCCAGGGUAAGAUAUUAAAUUAGUCCGAUAGUUUAGCUUAGAGACAUCGUCUUAUUGAUUGUCUGCUACGUUUAACACGCUGAGACUUUCCCAACGGGAGCCUGUGGACUUUAAAGAGAGAAACAGCUGAUCUCUGGGGAAGCUCAAGAGUCUGAGGAAGAAGUAAAUCUACGAGCUACCUCUACAAUCUUUCACAUGGCAGAGCCGAACUUCCCCCCACUGCCGGGCUUCAUCCCUCUGAAGCCAUGCUUCUACCAGGACUUUGAGGAGAUCCCUGAACAGCACCGCAGCAUGUGCAAGAAAAUGUACCACCUGUGGAUGUUGAAUAGUGCUACUCUUGCGGUGAAUCUUAUUGGCUGCUUUGCCUGGAUGUUUGGUGGUGGAGGUGUGACCAACUUUGGGCUGGCUAUCAUCUGGCUGCUCAUGUUCACUCCCUGCUCCUACGUGUGUUGGUUUAGAGCCAUCUACAAGGCCUUCAAGACUGACAGCUCCUUCAACUUCAUGCAGUUCUUUUUUGUGUUCAUGGCCCAAGUUGGCAUCAGCAUCAUCCAAUGCAUCGGCAUCCCUGGCUGGGGUGUGUGUGGUUGGUUGGCUACGAUCUCCUUCUUCAGCUAUAAUAUUUUGAUCGCUCUCAUCAUGUUGGUCCCUACCAUCAUGUUCACUGCAGUGGCUUCUCUGUCCUUCAUCGCUCUCACCAGGAUCCAUAAUUACUACCGUGGCAGCGGGGCCAGCAUGUCCAAAGCUCAGGAGGAGUGGGCAACAGGAGCCUGGAAGAACCCACACGUCCAGCAGGCGGCCAUGGGUGCAGCUGCCGGGGCAAUGCAGGAGCAGCACUCCAGCCCUCAAUACAACGAAAACCAGAUGUAGCCUCUACAACACAGAGGUGGCAAAAAAAUAAUGGGACAGCUAUGCCAAAGUUUUUAACAAAAGGGUUGGAAAGGGUUUGCCUCUUCUGAAAAAAAUGUUUCCCUUUUAAGCUAAUUUAUGAAAUGUUUAAAAAAUGUAGCUCACUUUUAUUACACGUUCAGUUUUUACAUUUUCACCCCGUCGCUGAUUCAGCAAGUUUCAGUGAUUUCAAGCAAUUUCAUCAUCAACUUAUAGCUAUGAACAUCAGUGGGAAACUGGUUUUCACAUGCCUGUAUUAAAGGGCAUUGUAAUGAUUUGUAGAACUUUUCAUUGGUUCGUUGUUUGUUUGAGAAGGAAAUGAAACUAGUUUUGAAUGUGUCUUACGUUGUUCUUUAGUAGACCAUGAGAGCUUUGUAUGUACUCUUUGUGUUGAUCUGUUGUUCUAGCAAUUGUUGAGAAAAAAAGGUAAAAUAAGUUUUUUUUUUCUUUAAAUAAAACACAUAGAAAUAGAUGUGCAGAAACAUAGUUUGUCAUUGUGUUUAAAAAAGCACGUUUAGAGUCUGUUGAAAAUGUAAAGUUAGCUGUUUUCUAAUAGUACACCAAUGAUUGAAUUGUAACCUUGAUUCUACUUUAUUUUACCUCAUAAUAGUUUGACUACAUUUUUAUGCAGAUUGUUAAAGAAGGUUGUAAGGAUUCGUUUUUGUUACAAUAUAAACUGUAUUAUAGCUAAACUUCCUCUAAAUUGGAAAUAAAUUAAAAAUGUGAACA